UUGCUGGUUCAAGUUUCCUUUUGUUGUUGGGUUCAUCUCUUCCCUUUGUCCAGUGAAGAAAAUACAUUCAGAAGAAAAUUCGAUCGUGAAGAGGAUCUCGAACGAGCUCGGGAGCAUGAAAGACAGGAGGAAGAGGGUCGAGCAAAACCUAAAGGUAAAGGUCCUCCGGUGCAGAGGAAGCCCUUGAAACAUAGGGAUUUUGAAGUAAACCUUGAAUCCCGCUUGGGAAAGACUCAGGUGGUAACGCCGGUUGCACCACUAAGCCAACAGGUAAAAUGCCUCCACGUCUUGAGGAUAAAGGUAAGAGUACUAAGAAAGUUCGUCGCCAAAGGAUACAAGUAGUUGAGGUUCCUACAAAUCCUAUGUAUUGCCCUUUGCCUCAGACUAGUCAGGGGGCUCAAGAGACUACACCUCAGAGGACUACACCUCAGCAGGCUCAGUCUAGUCAGGGGGCUCAGCAGACUACACCUCAGAGGACUACACCUCAGCAGGCUCAGUCUAGUCAGGGGCUCAGCAUUUUAUACCUCAGAGGACUACACCUCAGCAGACUAUGCCACAUCCGACUAUGCCCUAGUCUAUGAGCACAGAUCCAUCUCAUAGAUAUUAUACUUCACUACUCACUUCACAGAAUGUUCCACCAGGAUAUUUGACAUCUGACAUGCAUCCUGGGGGUUCUAGCAUCCCAUAUCCUCCACCUGGAUCCUCCUCACCCUAUCAGCCUAAGGGAUCUAGCAUCCCACAUCCUCCACAUCGUUCCUCGUCAUCCCACCACUCCAGGGGCUCAGGCACCUCACAUUCUCCACAUGGAUCUUCGACAUCCCAUCACCAUCAGGAGCAUGUUGAUCAUAUAUUGCCCAAUCCGGAGGAAGAGGAGGAGGAGGACAUUGAGGACGUGGAUGUGGUUGCGAUGGAGUAUAAACAUGAGAAGCAGGAUGGAAGAUGGGUUAUUAAACCUGUUGGAAACUCUUUUGAACCAAGUAGGCCUCCUGCAGUUAGCAUAAAGGAAGACAUCCAAGAGUUGUAUAAAGCACCUUGGAAGACUUUCGGAGAACUUAUGAAGAAGGAUCGUGAAUUAUAUAAAUGUUGAUUCGACAAAUUUCGGGAGAAGUGUGUAUGGCACACACUAGAUGAUGAGCUGAUUGAGAUAAAUUUUAGGAAAAGAGCAUCGGCACGACUUUCAGAUAUGCUUAGGCGUGCCAGACAUGGAUAUUAAAAAAGAGGGAUCAGACCUCUAUGGAUGGGCGAAAAUAUGUUUAAAGAAAUGCUUGUUUAUUGGAAAUCAGAUGAGUUUAAGAAAAAAUCUGAAAAAGCAAAGCAACAUAGAGCAUCAGAAAGGGGAGCCGCCAAUCAUAGAGCCGGAAGCAUUAGUAUUGCUGAUCAUGCUGAACGAAUGGUUGUGGCUAAGAGAAGAGAUCCAUUAAUGCAAGAGCUUCACGAGAGGACUUAUCGGGGAAGAGAUGGAGAGUAUUGCGACGAGUGUGCUAGAGAUACUCAAGCGGAGUACCAAAGGUUGAAGAAGGAGUUUUUAGCUAAACAUCUUGAGUUAGGCGGUCCACAUGGACGAUAUCCUCUUGAUCCAGCUAUUGAUCAAUAUUUGUGGUUGAGAGAAAGUAAGGGAAAUAAGAGAAAUGGAAAAAUUUAUGCUACUGGACCUUUAGCUAGCAACUACAAAAAAGGGAUAGGUAUUCUUUAUUCAGGAGAAUUGCAUACGGGGAAGGAUCUUCACGUCCUCCGACAUUAACCCCUGAAAUAACUGAAACAAUUAAACAACUAGCUCAGAGUGAAGCAGCACGUGAAAAUGAAACAUUGAGAAAAAAACAAAUGGAUUUGGAGUAAGCAUUGAGACUUUCACAAGAGCAAAUGAUGCUUACACAACAACAAAUUCAACAACAAAUUCAACAACAAGUGCAACAACAAAUACAACAACAAAUGCAACAACAAAUGCAACAAUUCUUUCGACAACAAUAUGGUGGUGGUGGAUUUGGAGCGGUUGGUAACCCAGGAGUAGUAGACGAGAAUGAUGAAGAAAACAAAAAUAAUGCGGACGACCCGGAUCCUAAGUGAAUAUUAUUUUGAAUUUAAAUAUUUUGGAUUAAUCAUGAAUUUCUUUAUAUUAAAUAUGCAUUUCUUUAUAUUAAUUAU